AUGCGCAGACCUGUGCUUCUUUUCCUCAUCCUAAACCUGGCCAUUGUCGCCUUCCUCAUACAUUCGGUCUGGACCCUGCUAUCCCUUCUAGUCGUCGACGGCUCUGAAGAUGCAAUUUCUCGUGCCGAGCUCCCUGCUCCUGGCUCUGAUCUGAUCGACGGUCGUCCGCAGAUGAUUCCCAAAAUUAUUCACCAAACAUACAUAAACGAGAGUAUUCCAGAGGUCUGGCAGGAACCACAAAAGAGCUGCAUUGAGUUGCACAAGGACUGGGAAUACAAACUUUGGACCGACGCUGCAUCACGCGAUUUCAUCGCUGCAGAGUACCCUUGGUUCCUCGAGACCUUCGACAACUACGAAUAUCCCAUCCAGCGCGCCGACUCAAUCCGCUACUUUGUGCUUGCCCACUAUGGCGGUAUCUACCUCGACCUGGAUGAUGGCUGCAACCGCCGUCUUGACCCUCUGCUCUCUUACCCAGCUUGGUUGCGUCGCACUCUGCCUACUGGUAUCUCCAACGAUGCCAUGGGCUCGGUUCCUCGUCACCCUUUCUUCCUGCGCGUCAUUGACGACCUACCUCGCUACAACCGCAAAUGGGUUCUCCCAUACAUCACCGUCAUGGCUUCAACUGGUCCGCUCUUCCUGAGCAUCAUUUGGCGUCAUUGGAGCUCCGAAGGUCUCAACGUCGGCGAUGGUCCUGAUGGUGGCAGAGUUCGAAUCUUGUUCCCCGACGAAUACAACUACCACCCCUGGAGUUUCUUCACCCACCACCUUGGUAACUCANUGCUGAAACACUGGGUGAUGCUCACCGUCAUCGGCUUCUUGACAGCAGGUGUCGUCUUCGCCAUUUCUUACUACCUUUACAACCGCUUCUUCGUGUCCCACAGACCUUGGGGCAUGUCGGUACGCAAGCGCUUCCCCAUGGGCCUGUUCAGACGCCUCAGCAGCGGCAACGUAACAUCGAAGCGACGACAAUCCUACGAGCUCGUCCGACGUGACGAAGAAGACGCAAUGUAA